UCUAUGCUUUGGUGGGCAACAAGUUGCCGAUGCUCGAAAGUUGUACGUCUGCUCCUGCAGCGCGAGGAUGUAGAUCCGAACGGUGGACCUGUGCCAACUGAUCGCGAAGCCGGAACUCCUUUAUCAGAAGCCGUCAAAGUUGGAGAAGUAGACUUUGUGGAGCUUCUCUUGCAACGAGAAGGCUUGGACCCUAACAUUCUGGUUCCUAACAUCCAGGAUUCUGACCAUGUGACCACUCUCUACACUGCUGUCUCAUACUGCGAGAUGGCGAUGGUUGACGUUCUCUUGGGAGACAGCCGUGUCGAUGCCAACGCUUCGGAUUCCAAAGGUCAAUCCCCACUCUCCCUGGCGGCCCAAUCUGGUGAGGUGGAUAUUGUCGCAAGGUUUCUCAGUCGGCCCGACGUCAGAGUGAAUGACCUAGACAUGUAUGAGCGAUCUGCUGUGUCAUAUGCCGCGGAGGAGGGAUGUCUUGGGGUGGUCGAGCUGUUACUCCACCGGUCCGACGUCGAUGUCAGUGUGGUCGAUGCCUAUGGACACACGCCUAUUCUCUGGGCCUCAAUCAAGGGCAAGGACUAG